GUGUCCAGCAGAGGGCCCUGGUCAGACCAUGGCCAACAGGAUUGGAGGAAGGGCCAGCCAUGCCAGACUCCUGACUGGAGGCGGACCCAGCUGCCAGCUGCCUCUUUUAAUUCCAGGCAGCCCUUAGGUCCCUUACCCUCACCUCUCGGAGGCAGCUGCACCCUGCUCUCCUGGCCAUGCGGUGGCUGUGGCCCCUGGCUGUCUCUCUUCCCGUAGUGUUGGCUGUGGGGCUGACUGGGGUCUUUGGGACGGCCACCUCAUCUCUGGGUGGGCAUAGAGCGAAGGUCCAGGAGCAGCAGAGUCGACCCCGAAGAGGCACCAAGGACGAGGGGCCCAAGGAGGUGCAGCACUAUGUUCCUGGGGAGUGGGCUGAGUACCCCAGGCCCAUCCAUCCUGCUGGCUUGCAGCCCACCAAGACUUGGGUGGCCACUAGCCCCAACCCAGACAAGGAAGGGGCCACCCCAGAUAGUGGAGAAGAGCUGAGGGUCAACCUGACCGGGACACCAAGUCAGAGGCUGCAGAUUCAGAACCCCUUGUAUCCGGUGACGGAGAGCUCCUACACCGCCUAUGCUGUCAUGCUCCUGGCUCUGGUGGUGUUUGCUGUGGGGAUUGUAGGCAAUCUGUCUGUCAUGUGUAUUGUGUGGCACAGCUACUAUUUGAAGAGUGCGUGGAACUCCAUCCUCGCCAGCCUGGCUCUCUGGGACUUCCUGGUCCUCUUCUUCUGUCUCCCCAUUGUCAUCUUCAACGAGAUCACCAAGCAGAGGCUCCUGGGGGAUGUUUCUUGCCGGGCUGUGCCCUUCAUGGAGGUCUCCUCCCUGGGAGUCACAACCUUUAGUCUCUGUGCUCUGGGCAUAGACCGCUUCCAUGUGGCCACCAGCACCCUGCCGAAGGUGAGGCCCAUUGAGCGAUGCCAGUCCAUCCUGGCUAAGCUGGCUGUCAUCUGGGUGGGCUCCAUGAUGCUGGCUGUGCCUGAACUCCUGCUGUGGCAGCUGGCGCAAGAGCCCGCUCCCGCCGCGGGGACCGUGGACUCGUGUAUCAUGAAACCUUCAGCCAACCUGCCUGAAUCUCUCUACUCCCUGGUGAUGACCUACCAGAAUGCCCGCAUGUGGUGGUACUUCGGUUGCUACUUCUGUCUGCCCAUCCUCUUCACUGUCACCUGCCAGCUGGUGACGUGGCGGGUGCGGGGCCCACCGGGCCGGAAGCCCGAGUGUAGGGCGGGCAAGCACGAGCAGUGUGAGAGACAGCUCAACAGCACGGUGGUGGGCCUGACUGUGGUCUACGCCUUCUGCACCCUCCCUGAGAACGUCUGCAACAUCGUGGUGGCCUACCUCUCCACUGAGCUCACCCGGCAGACCCUGGACCUCCUGGGCCUCGUCAACCAGUUCUCCACCUUCUUCAAGGGGGCCAUCACCCCCGUGCUCCUCCUGUGCGUCUGCAGACCCCUGGGCCAGGCCUUUCUGGAUUGCUGCUGCUGCUGCUGCUGUGAGGAGUGUGGCGGUGCCUCGGACUCUCCGGCGACGGUCGGCGCGGACAGCAAGCUGAAGACCGAAGUGUCUUCUUCCUCCAUCUACUUCCAUAAGCCCAGGGAGUCACCCCCGCUCCUGCCCCUGGGCACCCCUUGCUGAGUCUAGCGGGGCACGGGAGCAGGUGCAGAGGGGGGCCAUCCCAUCUCAAGACAGUCUGCCGGUUCUUUCCCACAGGCCUCACGUCAACUUCUCAUCUUGCUGUUGAGAGAUGGACUUGGCUCAUUUCGUCAAGGUGUGGGCUUGUCAGAGCCCCGUCUGCCACUCUUACGCGCUGAGGGACCUGCCAGCCCCGUCCCUCCCGCUUGUAGGUGGAGAUCUGUCUAGGUCAUUAGAGUUGCCCAGAGUCUCGAUUUGGCCAUCUCAGAGCUAGGCGUGGCCCUUGGCUGCCCUCCCUUCGGUCCUGGAAUCGGACUAUAGGUCCGCUGAGCACCCCUUCUCAAGUCCCACCUCGGCUCCCAUCCUGGACCGGGGACUUCAUGGGGGCCCGACCUAACCAGGCUCGGUACUCCAUUCUCUGAAGUGGGCCUGUCUUAGCCCUCAGUGUCUCUUCCCAGAGGAUUCUCUCACGUCUGUCUUCCAUUCUCUGAGGUGGCCCAGUCACACCGUUCAACCCCCCACCUCCUCUUAGGCAUUUUCCUGUAGAAGGCCAUUCUGGAAAAACAAUAAAGUAGGUACCACAA